UUUAUGGACUGUGACCUGCAACUAAAAAUCAAGUGUCUUUUUUUGAAUAUUAGUUUUCAAACGGCGUCGUUGAACAUGUGAUUAAGCAGCUGUCUGCCUCUGUGUUGAUGUCGGCUGUUUCCUGCCUCUGUGUGUGUGUUUUCACGUGACCACUCAGAGAGCCCGUGCGCUUCUGAGGCAGCGGCUGACACUGAAAGCAAAAGGAAACAACGCAGUCUUGAGCUCAGCAUUUGCCAAAUCAUUUUAAUACAGAGUGGAUGCUUGUAAUUGUCGAGGAUGUUUUCGCUCGGGGAGAAAAUGGAGUUUCUCAUAGGAAACCCCUUUUCAACGCCCGUCGGUCAGAGAAUCGAUAUUGUGAUAUCAGAGGGUACAAGAGCGAGCGACCGGCGGCUCUCUGCAGUCGGAGGACUGGGGGCUCAACAUGGAGAUAUGUGAUAUCAUCAACGAGACGGAUGAGGGGCCAAGAGAUGCAAUCAAAGCUAUUAAGAAGAGAAUCGUAGGAAACAAGAACUUCAGAGAGAUCAUGUUGGCUCUUACUGUUCUUGAGGCCUGUGUGAAGAACUGUGGCCAUCGCUUCCACGUUCUGGUGGCGUCGCAGGAGUUUGUUGAAGCAGUUUUGGUCCGUUCCAUUCUGCCCAAAUAUAACCCCCCCACUGCCCUCCAUGACAGGGUGCUCAGCCUCAUACAGUCGUGGGCUGAUGCGUUUCGUAGCUCUCCCUCCCUGGCGGGGGUGGUGUACGUAUAUGAUGACUUGAGAAGACGUGGUCUGGAGUUCCCCAUGACAGACCUAGAUGCUCUGUCCCCCAUCCACACUCCGAAUAGGAGUAUCCCGGAAAACGAGACUCCUGAGACGACCCCUGUCGCUGCUCCCCUACAUCAGUCACAACCACAAGCACCUUCCAGUGUUCCCACUCAGAAUACUUCCCCUCCAGUCCAGCCCACUGAGGCACCGGUCUCAAUCUCUGCAGAACAGGGACAGAAGCUGCGAAGUGAGCUGGCGCUCGUGAAGGGAAAUCUCACUGUGAUGUCAGAAAUGCUGAAUGAGCUAAUACCUGGACAGAGCCAGCAAGAUGACACGGAGCUGCUACAGCAGCUGUACUCAGUGUGUAAGAGCAUGCAGACUCGAGUGGUGGAGCUCAUCCCGCAGCUGCUGGACGAAGGGUUUAUUGAAGAGCUGCUCGUGGUCAACGAUGACCUUAACAACGCCUUCAUCCGCUAUGAGAGGUUUGACAGACUGAACAAGGCACAAAUUACAAAUACUCAACAGCAGAGCUCUACCACAAGCCCGAGCCUCAUCGACCUCAGCCCUGAGCCUUCGACUCUCAGCCGACCUGCCGUCAUCACAGCAACCAGCCAACCAGCAGUCAGCACCUUGGCCAAUCAACGGCAAUCACCCAACCACAAAGUGGAGGAGGAGUUUGACAUGUUUGCCCAGACGAGAGGCAGCUCCCUGGCUGAGCAGAGGAAAAGUGUCAGGUAUGAGGACCCAGGAGCUGUGGAGGGCCUUGCUGGAGCUCUGGACACGAGGUUGCAGGUCACAGGAGGGAUGCCACCAGCGACAAACUCUCUGCAUAACGAUAUUGACAAAUGGUUAUCGUGUGAUACGGAAGACCAGUCUUCAGUUAGUGAGGGAGUGUCAAGUGAAGAGUUUGAUAAGUUUCUGGAGGAUCGGGCGAGGGCAGCAGACCACAGCACCCAGGCAAUUUGCAGCGUGCCACCCUCCGCAUCCAGACCGCCACCACAAUCUACCCGGCAACAGGACAGAUCACAUGACCAGCUUUUUUCACUUUGAGUUUAAGGACAAACAAGAGGAGUGGGUGGAUGUACAAGUCAAUAAACACAUGGCAUCACAUUGAAAUAUACCUACAAUUUUUCACAUGCUGUGCCAAGUCGGGUUUUCUCUGAAAGCACACACACACACAAUAAAACCUGACACUACAGAACUGCUGCGUAAUCAGCUCAUUGCAUACAAGCAGUAUUUCGUAGUUAAUUCUGCUAUUAAUCGUUAUGUAAGUAUAAACAACUUUGACUGUAUUUAUGAAAUGUAUUAUUAUAAUGUUGAUGUAAACCAAAACUUAAAUUAGAACAAAUGUUUACAGUUAAGUACAAUGUUGAAAAUAUAUUUGAUAUUACGCCAUUGUGUGCCUUGGACCCAGACAGCUGAUUUUGUGUAGAUGAGAAUAAAUGGGGCAUUGUCCUGCAAACA